AUGCAGACUCGCCUCCUCUUCCGUGAAACGGGCGACAUCGACAGUCGAGACUUUUCAAGGGCAGUUGCCUUCGACCUCGUUCGUUCGUUCGCACCCGCACCGCAGCAUCGAUUCCACGGCGAACGGCCGCUCCCCUCCGCGCCCAAUGGGUCGCAUGCAGAGGAUGCAGCUCUCUCGGCUCGUGCCCACGCCGCUGGCGUCAGCAGCAUCGCCCUCGAAAAGUUCGACGGUCGCAUUCUCCUCUCCGGCGGUGCCGAAGGCUCCAUCAAGAUAUGGGACCUCGAGGAGAGCGGCAAUCCGCAUGCGGGCCACACCUUUCGGCCCGUGAGCUCCAUUGCGCGGCCCGCGAGAGAUGGUCCGGGCCCCGGCCACAGUCACGGCGUCACCCACCUCGCCUUCUACCCCUUCGAUCCGGAUGCCUUCCUCUCGAGCUCGUACGACAAGUCGCUGAAGCUCUGGUCCACCCAGCGAGCGGCUCUCUCCGCCGAGUUUGACCUCAACGCAACGAUAUAUUCCCACUCGACGAGCCCCAUCGCCGACCACGUUCUCGUCGCCUGCGCGACCCAGCACUCGAACGUGCGCCUCGUCGACCUGAGGUCGGGCUCGGCCGUCCAAGCCCUCGUGGCGCACGGUGGUCCCGUGCUCUGCACCGCAUGGAGUCCGCGUCACGAACACGUCCUCGUCAGCGGCCAUGCGGAUGGCAAGGCCUGCGUCUGGGACGUACGGCGCGCCGGUGGCGUCCUGGCCCAGCUCGACCAGGAGGAUUCCCUCGGCAUCGUCCAUCGCUUCCGCCACGCCGCCGCAGCCGGCCUGGACUGGAGCCGGAUGGCACAUUUCCGCGCCUCUGCGCGUGCCCACGAUGACGCCGUCAAUGGGCUCGAGUGGACCGACGACGGCAGGUACAUCGUGUCGGCCGGCCUCGACAGACGGAUCCGGGUCUGGGACGCGGCGACGGGGGCCAACACGCUCGCAAACUUUGGUUCGCUCAUCCAGAACCAGCACGUCAAGACAGCCAACAUGCUCGCGACGCCCUCGGGUCUCCUGAGCAAACGUGAGCUGCUCGUCUGGGCCAAUGACCGGGAGAUCCUCCUGCUCGACUUGCACGACGGGACCAUCGUCGGUCGGCUUCGCAGCCCUGGUGCGGCGAAUCCGCUCGGCCCACGCGGCGGAGAUGCGGCGAAGAGCCGGAUCGCAGCCAUUGCAUGGCGCGGCGCUGGCGGCGGCGGCCGACAGCUCGGCCCCGUCAUGGGCGGAGGAAACUCUGUAGGCGCCAUCUACAGCGCUCACCUCGACGGGCAGAUUCGUGCUUGGAUGCCCCGGAUUCCAGGACCGGACGACGUGGAGGAGACGAACGAGGCGGAAGAGGACGACAAGGUUCGACGGAAGAAGCGAAAGGCGGUUGACGAUGCGUAUAGGAGUUUGAUGGGGAAGCAGAUCACCUUCACCUGA